AUGUCUGCUCGAGAGCAUCCAUCUCGGUUUCUCCAAGUAGGGCUUAAAUAUGGCCAUGCCUCGUAUGGUCCAACACGUGACAUUGGGACACAGGCCAGGACCCUGAUGAUCAGAGCAACUAAGCAUAGCACACCAUUCCAGGUAGGGAAAAUGGCAGAAGGAAGGCAGCAAGACAGUGUUCAUGUCGUGGCGCCGCGGGAGUGGUUGGAUGCGCUGGACGGGGGAGAAACCGCCAGGCUUGACGCAGCAUUGGUCGGAUGGAGGUUUAGGUUGGAUGUUGUGGUUGGACGUGGUUGGGUCUGCGGAAGAGAGAAGAAGAGCGUUGGGCAGCCGCAGCUUAGUCAGCCACCCCUGUUUGGGCUUAGCGCCCUCAGCAGCAGCGGUGUUCCAUCCCAGCCUCACAUCGACGUCACCAAACAAACAACCAGCGAACAACUAUCUGACUACUCCUGCUACAACUACUCCUUACACACAGCACCCACAACACCUCCCCCAGGAGGAAGCAAACAACUAGCAUGGCACUGCUGCCCGUUUCUUGUGUCGGCCGACUAUGCCAAAUACAUCGCAGACACUCCCAACUGACAGAAAAGUGAGGCGGUAGAUGAACUCUUCACCCACUAAUCCCACCAUGCCAGCCUCGAGAUGUUCGAGCCCCAGGCUCAAGUUUCAACCGCAUGCCGACGUGGAUAAGCUGCUAGCUAUCACUAUUCAAACUAGUUCCACUAUCCUGUGCUGGACGCCCAUCCAUCCAUCCAUACGUACGUACGUACAUAACUACGUAGUUAUGUAUGUGCCACACUUUGUCGGUACGUGACUGAGUUAUGCAUGCAAAUUUCUCCCGAUGAGACAGCCCUCCAAAUGCAAACAUGCACCAACUUACUACGUAUGCUGCGAUUUCUUGAAACACGCAGGCCCUCUAUGAGUUUUUGAAUGCAUGCUGUAUAUCCAUUAAUCCGCUGAUAGGAGCAUGUAAAGGAAAAAAAGAAGGGGAAUUUCCUCGAUUUAACCAUCAACUCCCGUUCUUCUUCAGGGUACUUGCCGGGGGGCUAAAUCAACUAGGGUGUCCUCCUCCGACUGGGUGUUGAGGGGAGGCUAUGUCGAAGUUAUUUGAUUCCAGCCUGGGAGAAUGUUCGUACCUUACAGAUGUCCUGCAUAUUGCGCUUCAGACUUCCUAAUACCUUUUUCCUUGGGAAGGUUUCAAAGACCAAAUCGCAUUAUGUACGCUAACCGCGGACCCUUCCGGCUGGGACCUUCCAGAUGUUCUUCUCUUAUGUGGACUGUUAUGUGUAGUUCAUUUUGAACCAAAAAUUAUCUUAUUGGGUAUCAAAGAGAAACAGCCUUGAGGGCAGCGUAGCGAGCCGGUGCUGGACAUGCAAAUUUGCUGUACAAAUGCCUGUCUAUCGUGCGAGUUAAAAUAAUAAUAAUAAUAAUAAUAAACACUUAAGCGAGACCAGAACAAUGAAGCUACUAAUGAACUCGUCCCACGAAAGUCCGAAAGCAAAGGGAAACGACAUGGCAUAAUACAUACUAUAUAUACCUAUCCUAAAUAUGAUCAACAGAAAGACUAGCAAUUGCCCCCGUUCUUCGCAAACAUGUGAAAUAGUUGAUAUAUAUCUUUUAUCGUUACGCAGACGUCUAGAACUGCCUGCCCUACCGACCACUUUUGAAAUCUGCCUUGCCUCGUUGUUCCUGUUCUGCUGUCAACGUGGUUAACUUCAGGUUCUUCUGCCAGCUCGCUUCCUCCCCUCUGUAUAAUCAAUUCAUUGAACUUGCAUUGCGUUAGAAGUCUAUUAUGCAAUGAGAUAGUUACAGCAGAAACGAAAGCAACGCAUCG